UGUGUGUGUUUCCUCAACAUCCAAAAAAAUCCCAUGUUUUUUUUUCCAACCUUUAUCGACCAAAAAGUUGUUUCUUUUCACUUUUUUCUAGUACGAAAAAUGGGUGAUAGCAAUAUUGAGAUGUUUAAAGAUGAAUGGUUUCAAUGUGGUAAUAAUUUGGAGGACAAAAAUUGUUCUUCAUGGAUGAUCAAUGAAGGUGAUAAUGAUAGUCCAUCGUCUUCAUCGAUCGGAGAAUCGUCGUCAACGAUUUCGAGUUUAAAUUGUAAUUCUUCACUAGAUACAAUGGAUGAUGCAUCUUCGGAUGGGGCUUUGUCCGAUUUAUCCACUCUUAUGACUCAAUUGCCAAUAAAGAAAGGGCUUUCGGAGUAUUAUGAUGGAAAAUCGGAGUCAUUUACAUGUUUGGGAAGUGUUACAAGUUUAGAAGAUCUUCCAAAGAAGGAAAAUCGUUGUAAUAGGAAAAUGAAGAAAUCGUUAUACAAGUCAUAUACACUUCCUAAGACAAUCAUGUUCAAGAAAGCUUCGAGGAGUUCAUUUUUAUCGUCUUGUUAUGCUAGUAAAAGGCCAAAUUCUUCUAUAAGCAGGAGUAGGCCACCUCUAAUUCCUGUACAAAGAACCUAGUUUUGCUAAUUAAAUAGAUAUAUGAUCACCUUAAUUAGCAUAUUAACUUAAAUUAUUCCUUUUUUAACUAAUAAAUGGUUUUUGUAGACAUGGUAUCAUGAUUGAUUACUAAUUUACGGUUGUCAGGUUUGGUUGCUCACUAAAAGUACAGGCCGGGUCCAAACCAAAUUGUGAAAGACCCCUUUUCCCUUAUGUCACUCGGGAAUGGGGAAACUUAUGUGAAACUUUCCCUCACACCUCUUUUUAUGGAAGAAUUUGUUCGACUA